AUGUUUGUGGAUAAGAAUUUAGGGACCACUAAAUAAAAGCAAUAGAAAAUUGAUAUUAGUGAAAUAGGUAAGUAAAAGUUAUAAUUUAAGAAUAACUCUAGAAAAAAAAAGUAAAGUAAAAUGCUAACAUAAAUCCUUAUACAGGAAAUUAAUAUUCAGAUGAUUAUUAUAAAAUUUUAACUGUUAGAAAGUAGUUACCUGCUUGGGAUGGUAAAAUUGUUAUAUGAUUCUUAAUAGCUAAGGAAUAAUUGUUUAUGUUAAUGGAGCAAUAUCAAGUGAUAGUUUUGUAAGGAGAAACUGGAAGUGGUAAAACAACUUAAAUACCACAAUUUUUACUUGAAAAAUAUAGUAAAGGAAGAGGAAUUGCAUGUACAUAACCUAGAAGAGUGGCUGCUAUGAGUGUAGCAAAAAGAGUAGCAGAAGAGAUGGAUGUAGCACUUGGAGAAGAAGUUGGUUAUUCAAUUAGAUUUGAAGAGAAAACAUCAAAUAAAACUAUCUUAAAAUAUAUGACAGAUGGUAUGCUUUUAAGAGAGUAUUAUUAAUUCAUUAAUUUAUUAAUUAGAGCUAUGCAUGAUCCAAAAUUAGAAAGAUAUUCAGUUGUUAUUUUAGAUGAAGCUCAUGAAAGAACUCUUAAUACAGAUAUAUUAUUUGGACUUUUGAAAGAAAUCAUGUUAAAAAGACCUGAUGAUCUAAAAGUAGUAAUUAUGUCUGCAACUAUGGAUGCAGAAAAGUUUUAAAAAUAUUUUCAUAAUGCUCCACUUUUGGAUAUUCCAGGAAGAGUAUAUCCUGUAGAAAUAUUCUAUACCUAAAAACCAGAAAAAAGCUAUCUUGAUGCAGCAAUAAGUACUACAAUUAAUAUACAUGCAUACGAAGAUCCAGGAGAUAUUUUAGUAUUUCUAACAGGAGAAGAAGUAAAUAAUCAAAUUCUAUUAAUUUCUAUAGGAAAUUGAAGAAGCAUGUAAAAAGAUUACUUCAGAAAUAUAGAAAUUGGGAGAUGAUGUUGGACCAGUUAGAUGUGUACCUUUAUAUAGUACAUUACCACCAAAUUAGUAAUAAAAAAUAUUUGAAUCUGCUCCAUAACCAAAUAAAAAAGGAAUUCAAGGUAGAAAGAUUGUUGUUGCAACUAAUAUUGCUGAAACAUCUAUUACUAUAGAUGGAAUAUGUUAUGUUGUAGAUCCUGGAUUUUCUAAAUAAAAAGUUUAUAAUCCAAGAUUAAGAGUAGAAUCAUUACUUGCUUCUCCUAUUUCAAAGGCUUCUGCUUAAUAAAGAGCAGGUAGAGCUGGUAGAACAAGACCUGGAAAAUGUUAUAGAUUAUAUACUGAAUAAUCAUUUAAUACAGAAUUAAUUGAUAAUACUUAUCCAGAAAUAUUAAGAAGUAAUUUAUCAUCAGUUGUUUUGUAAUUGAAGAGAUUAGGAAUAGAUGAUUUAGUUCAUUUUGAUUUUAUGGAUCCACCUGCUCCAGAAACAUUAAUGAGAGCUUUAGAAUAAUUAUAUUAUUUAAAUGCAUUAGAUGAAGAAGGAAAUCUAACUAAAUUUGGAUAAUAGAUGUCAGAAUUUCCACUUGAUCCAUAAUUAUCAAAAGUACUUCUAAGUAGUAAAGAUUUCUAUGUUACUGAUGAAAUAUUAACUAUUGUUGCUUUGUUAUCUGUAUAAUAAGUAUUCUAAAGACCAAAAGAUUAAUAAUAAUAAGCUGAUGAUGCUAGAUAUUAAUUUGUACAUUAAGAUGGAGAUCAUAUAACAUUUUUAAAUGUUUUUAAAGCAUUUAAAGAACAUAAUGAAAGUUCUGAUUGGUGUUAUUAAAAUUUCAUUAAUUAUAGAAGUUUAAAAUCAGCAGAUAAAAUCAAAACUUAAUUAAGAUAAAUUAUGUAAAAAUAAUAAGUUCCAUUAACUAAAACUGAUCCAUCAAAUGCAUUAUAUUAUACUUAUAUAAAAAAAGCUUUAAUUGCUGGUAUGUUUAUGUAAACAGCUCAUCUAACUAAAAAUGGAGCUUAUAUGACAGUCAAAGAUAGUUAAAUAGUUGCAAUACAUCCAUGUUCNAUUAAUAUUCAUGCAUACGAAGAUCCAGGAGAUAUUUUAGUAUUUUUAACAGGAGAAGAAGUAUAUAAUCUAAUUCUAUUAAUUUCUAUAGGAAAUUGAAGAAGCAUGUAAAAAGAUUACUUCAGAAAUAUAGAAAUUGGGAGAUGAUGUUGGACCAGUUAGAUGUGUACCUCUAUAUAGUACAUUACCACCAAAUUAGUAAUAAAAGAUAUUUGAACCUGCUCCAUAACCAAAUAAAAAAGGAAUUCAAGGUAGAAAGAUUGUUGUUGCAACUAAUAUUGCUGAAACAUCUAUUACUAUAGAUGGAAUAUGUUAUGUUGUAGAUCCUGGAUUUUCUAAAUAAAAAGUUUAUAAUCCAAGAUUAAGAGUAGAAUCAUUACUAGCUUCUCCUAUUUCAAAGGCUUCUGCUUAAUAAAGAGCAGGUAGAGCUGGUAGAACAAGACCUGGAAAAUGUUAUAGAUUAUAUACUGAAUAAUCAUUUAAUACAGAAUUAAUUGAUAAUACUUAUCCAGAAAUAUUAAGAAGUAAUUUAUCAUCAGUUGUUUUGUAAUUAAAGAGAUUAGGAAUAGAUGAUUUAGUUCAUUUUGAUUUUAUGGAUCCACCUGCUCCAGAAACAUUAAUGAGAGCUUUAGAAUAAUUAUAUUAUUUAAAUGCAUUAGAUGAAGAAGGAAAUUUAACUAAAUUUGGAUAAUAGAUGUCAGAAUUUCCACUUGAUCCAUAAUUAUCAAAAGUACUUCUAAGUAGUAAAGAUUUCUAUGUUACUGAUGAAAUAUUAACUAUUGUUGCUUUGUUAUCUGUAUAAUAAGUAUUCUAAAGACCAAAAGAUUAAUAAUAAUAAGCUGAUGAUGCUAGAUAUUAAUUUGUACAUUAAGAUGGAGAUCAUAUAACAUUUUUAAAUGUUUUUAAAGCAUUUAAAGAACAUAAUGAAAGUUCUGAUUGGUGUUAUUAAAAUUUCAUUAAUUAUAGAAGUUUAAAAUCAGCAGAUAAAAUCAAAACUUAAUUAAGAUAAAUUAUGUAAAAAUAAUAAGUUCCAUUAACUAAAACUGAUCCAUCAAAUGCAUUAUAUUAUACUUAUAUAAAAAAAGCUUUAAUUGCUGGUAUGUUUAUGUAAACAGCUCAUCUAACUAAAAAUGGAGCUUAUAUGACAGUCAAAGAUAGUUAAAUAGUUGCAAUACAUCCAUGUUCUGUUUUAAAUCAUAAACCAGAAUGGAUAUUAUAUUAAGAAUUUGUGUUGACUUCAAAAAAUUAUUUAAGAACAGUAACUGAUAUAGAAGGAAAAUGGCUAUAUGAAAUGUGUCCAGAAUAUUUCAAUCCAAAAACAAUAAAAAAUAUAGAAACUAGAAAGGAAUUCGAAAAAAUAGAAAGAUAAGUAAUUAUAUUAAAUUAUAUUUUAGGUCUUAGAAGAAUAAAGAAAGAAGCCUGAUCUAUUAACUGUUGAAUAAAUUUAAAGAUUGCAUAAAGAUAUAAAAUCAGAAAGAACUUAAUCAGUAUCUUCAUCAAAAACUAUUCAAAAGUGAU